GCCAAACUAACUCGUUAAUAAUACGAGUUGUUUUUGUCGAGUUGAUCUCUCCAAAGAGAUAAGUCAAACAAAAAAACAAGAAAAGUGAAGAGAGAUAGAGAAAGAGGAGGAAAAGGAGAAACUAGAGACGAUGGGUUAUUGUUCUGCGAUUAGGCUUUGUUUAUGCAUCUUCUUUGCACUUUCAAUCGUCUCUACGGCUCGACUCGGUUUUUCGUUUUCAGAAAAUGAAAAGAUGGUGGUGAGAGGAAGAUCAUUGAUGAUGGUGAGCACCAAUGACUACGACGAGCCAUCGGCCAACGGCAGACACAACCCACCUGGUGGGAGGCACGGUGGAGGUCGGAGAGGAUGAAUAAUACAAAUUGUUUUUUUUGUUCCUAUUGUUAAGAAAAAAAUAACGAGAUUAUGUUUUGGGAUAUAUAUAUAAAUAUAUAUAUUUAAGUUUA